AUGGGUCUUCCCCAACCGAGGCUUCCUCCACCAGCUCUGCCGGCUGGACCAGCAGCUGCGGGCUGCAGGCCGGAGCUGAGGGGCCAGAACUGGUCCUUACUCCCUGCCACAGGGCUCUGCCACUUUGCCACCCUGGCGCUGGCCCUGCUGGUGCUGCUGGAGGCUCUGGCCCAGGUGGGUACCCAGAAGAUGGUAAGAGACCAGUGUGGGGUCUGCCCUAGAGCCUGCAACUCCAUGUGCUUCCUCCUGCUGCCUGCACCCCCUCUCAGCCACUGUCUCCAGUUCUCACAGAAACAGCAUCAAGCGUGCAGAGACAGGCAGCUGGAAGCCGGGAGCAAAAAGUGCCCGUCAGAGAAGACCUCAGCCUGGGCCAGAUACCCCCACAGGAUGGACUCGCUGCAGAAACAGGACCUCCGGAGGCCCAAGAUCCACGGGGCAGUCCGGGUGCCCCCCUAUCAGCCACCCACGCUGGCCUCACUGCAGCGCUUGCUGUGGGUCCGUCGGGCUGCCGUGCUGAGCCACAUUAACGAAGUCUGGCCCAACCUCUUCCUGGGAGAUGCGUACGCAGCCCGGGACAAGAACAAGCUGACCCAGCUGGGCAUCACCCACAUCGUGAAUGUUGCCGCAGGAAAGUUUCAGGUGGACACAGGUGCCAACUUCUACCGUGGAAUGCCCCUGGAGUACUAUGGCAUUGAGGCUGAUGACAACCCCUUCUUCGACCUCAGUGUCUACUUUCUGCCCGUUGCUCGAUACAUCCAAAGUGCCCUCAUCAUUCCCCAAGGCCGCGUGCUGGUACACUGUGCCAUGGGGGUGAGCCGCUCUGCCACGGUUGUCCUGGCCUUCCUCAUGAUCUGCGAGAACAUGACGCUGGUGGAGGCCAUCCAGACAGUGCAGGCGCACCGGGAUAUCUGCCCCAACUCAGGCUUCCUCCGGCAGCUCCAGGUUCUGGACAACCGACUGGGGCAGGAGACGGGGCGGCUGUGACCUGGUGGGCAACCAGGAACCCUGACCCUCCAGCCAGCAUGGCCCACCCAACCAGCCUGACCCUGGGGACCUUGCUU